GAGCCACUAAAGGAGGAGCCGGAUCACCUUCACCAGGCUGAGCUGGCUACCACAUGGCUCAUGCCAGUGUUCGGGGAAAUCAAAGACGAGAAUGACAGGGAUGCGACUGUGCUGGAAUGCAGUUCAAAGAAGGGGAAAAAUCAACUGAAAGUCUCCAGGGAAGUGGAACUCUCUCAGAUAUUGUCAGGAAGAUCUGAGCAGAACAUUUCCCACUGUCCUGAUGGGUGGGAAAUCUCUGAGAGCCAUGUAGGAAACAGACCGGUGAAGGAAAGCGAAAAAUCCGUUUGUCGUCCUCAGUGUCACAAGCAGUUCGAGGAAGCAGCGUUCCAGCAGAAAAGCCUCCAAGGCGAGAGACAAACAGCAUGCGCUGAAUGUGGGCAAUUCUGGAGAAGCGGAGAAGAUCAGAGAAUCUACCCAGGAGAGAAACCCUAUGGGUGCUCGGAGUGUGGAAAGAGUUUCAGCCGGAGAGCUGACCUGGUUAGCCAUCAGAGGAUACACACGGGAGAGAAACCGUACAAAUGCCCAGACUGCGGGAACAGCUUCAACGACCGUUCGAGUCUUAGUAGACACCGGAGAACCCACAGCGACGAGAAACCGUACGUAUGCUCAGAUUGCGGGAAGAGCUUCACGCAAAAGGCCAACCUGAUUAAGCACGAGAGAACCCACACGGGAGAGAAGCCCUACCCGUGCGCUGAGUGCGGGAAGAGCUUCAGUCAGCAGUCGAACCUGAUUUUACAUAAAAGGACCCAUACGGGUGAGAGGCCGUAUAAAUGCCCAGAGUGCGGGAAAGGCUUCAGCCGGGGGUCACACCUCCGGGUCCACGAGAGAGCCCACACCGGAGAGAAACCAUUCCAGUGCUCAGUCUGUGGGAAAGGGUUCAGCCGGAGGCCGAAGCUUAUCACGCACCAGAGGAUCCAUACGGGAGAGAAGCCGUACGAAUGUUCGGACUGUGGGAAGAGCUUCACGGGCGCGUCGAGCCUGAAUCGACAUAAACGGACUCAUACCGGAGAGAAAUCGGAAAUGCCUACACAGGAAGGAGUUUUGAAUGGGAAUCAUGUUUUGAACUGAGCGAGGGUCGAAGGGCCAGCAAUGCUGCCUGAGAGAGGUAGUGUGGUGUAGUGGUUAGACUGCAUGGUUAAGGUUGUGAAAACCCAGAUUCAAAUCCUCACUGAGCCUUGGAGUUUACUGGGUGACCCUGGGCCAGGCGUUCUGUCUCUCAGGCUAAGCUACCUUACAGGGUUGUUGUGAGGACAAAAUGCAUGGGUUAGGGGACCUUGUAAUCUCUUCUCGAUCAUCCCAG